CAGAGUACAUGGGGACCAUACAAUGGAAUCGAAACGCUUGUUAUUGGUUCUGCUUUUGUUUCUGGCUGCGAUUGUCGUGAUUGGAGAUGAUUCUGAAUCUUCCGUUAAGCCAUUGGUGAAGAUUGUGAGGGGGAAGAAGGUAUGUGACAAAGGGUGGGAGUGUAAAGGCUGGUCGGAGUAUUGCUGUAAUCAGACCGUUUCUGAUUACUUUCAGACCUAUCAAUUUGAGAAUCUGUUCUCCAAGCGAAACUCUCCGGUUGCACAUGCUGUAGGGUUUUGGGAUUAUCGAUCUUUCAUUACGGCGGCGGCUUUGUUCCAGCCGCAUGGAUUCGGUACCACCGGAGGGAAGCUUAUGGGGAUGAAGGAAAUUGCUGCUUUUCUCGGUCAUGUUGGCAGCAAAACCACUUGUGGGUAUGGAGUGGCGACUGGAGGUCCAUUGGCAUGGGGUCUGUGCUACAACAAGGAGCUGAGCCCUGAUAAAUUGUACUGUGAUGAAUAUUACAAGCUCACUUAUCCCUGUACUCCUGGAGUUUCUUACCAUGGGCGUGGUGCCUUGCCCAUCUACUGGAACUACAACUAUGGAAAGACAGGAGAAGCCUUGAAUGUUAAUCUGUUGGACCAUCCAGACUACAUUGAAGACAAUGCCACUCUAGCAUUUCAGGCUGCAAUUUGGAGGUGGAUGACCCCAGUGAAGAAGAACCAGCCCUCAGCCCAUGAUGUGUUUGUAGGCAAAUGGAAACCCACCAAGAAUGACACACUGGCCAAACGACUCCCUGGGUUUGGCACCACCAUAAACAUCCUCUAUGGCGAUGCUGCGUGUGGCCAGGGUGAAGUUGACUCCAUGAACAACCCCAUCUCACAUUACUUGCAUUACCUCGACCUGAUGGGCGUUGGCCGAGAAGAAGCUGGACCCCAUGAAGUCCUCAGCUGCGCCGAGCAGGAACCUUUCGAGUCGUCAUCUUCCUCGUCCUCGUCGUCUUCGUAAGGUUUGUCUUUGUCUCCAUCAACUCAUUCUUGAUCUGAUUCUCUCUGGGGUAUGUAAGAAUAUCAAUAAUUGGAUUGGAAACUAAGAUGUUUUGUGAUGUAUAAAGCUAUUAAAUUGAAGGGAAAGAAAGAAAAGAAGAUAUAUAUGCAUACUUUUUGUGCGAAUUCUCACCGUGUAUAUAUAUCUAAAUGAUGUUGAUUCAUUUUCCCUUCUGUUUGUUAUAAAUUUUGAUGUUUCAUUUGAAUU